CUUGCUUUGCGCAUGCGUAAUAUCUGGGUUUCACUGAGCAACUUUUCGUAUUGCAAGGAACGCCUACGUAAUGGCCGAACCGUUUCAUCGCGAGUAUCCUCGUGUUCCCUCUCUCGACGAAGUGGAUCGCAAAGACGUCGUCGCGUUGACUCGCGCUCGAGAACAAUGGGUACGAGACAGAGCGGUCGAACUGGAGAAAGUGAAGAUAUUGAGGCAAAGAGUGUCAGACUGCAGUCGCAAGGAAGGAGUCAACCAUCUACAGAACUGCCGCAAGGAAGUGAAAGAGUAUAUGACGGCUUUCAGACAGUAUAGGAGCAAAGGGUGGUUCCAGUUCCAGUCAAAGCACAUAUUUUAGCAGUUCACAGCCAUGCCAUUGAAGACCAUCGUUGUACCAAGACAACUGUUGCUCGUAUUAUGUGUCCUAGAAUCAUAUUCCCUGUUACUGCUGUAGUGUAUUGUACAAAAUAUAUACAAUAUAAGAAUAUGUAGAAUGAAUUGAA